UAAUGGUCCGAAACAUGAAGGAUUCUUAGGGCUGCCUGGGAGACCCCGAUUUUAUGAUUUUGUAGUAAUUUUUAAACAAAGUUCUUGUUUUUGUGAAAGAGGAACAUCAGAGAUACUUCACCUCCACCCACAAGACAGGACAUUUCCAACAAUAGGCAAGGGUGUAGGUCCUGGAGGUAAGUUACGUCUUCUGUAUAUGGAAUUCCAUGUGGAGUAGAUAAGCGAUGAAAUGAUCAGAGCCAGGAGCAGGGAUUCAAACCAGUACUUAGCUGGAACACUUUUGGCAGUGAUUACAGCCUCCAGUCUUCUUGGGGAUGAGGCCACAAGGGUAUCUCAUAAGUAUCAGGAGUCCAUGUCUUAAGGACAUUUCCAACAAUAGGCAAGGGUGUAGGUCCUGGAGGUAAGUUACGUCUUCUGUAUAUGGAAUCCCAUGUGGAGUAGAUAAACCAUGAAAUGAUCAGAGCCAGGAGCAGGGAUACAAACCAGCUGCUGCUGGUUGGCUGUCAGGAUUAUACCACUCAUGUAUACUGAUGGAAAAGGACACAUUCAAAUCUUCUCCGAGAAAACCUCAACUAGCAAAACACAGAUAACUUUUCUACCAAGACCUCAUCACUGCUGAAAGCCAAGGCUAAAAAUGUUUCCCAACAUUGUGACAGGUUUGGAAAGGAUCAAUCUUAGCUCUGUGCCAAUAGCACUACUUGUUCUCUGCUUUUCCUUUUUGAUAAUCCUUCAAAGGAGAAAGGGCAAACUUCCACCAGGCCCUAAAGCCUUGCCAUUUUUGGGCAAUCUCCACCAGCUGGAUACCAAAUAUUUGGUCAAGUCUCUACAAGAGCUAAGCAACAAAUAUGGUCCAGUCUUCACCAUCUACUUAGGACCACAACCCAAUGUUGUCCUCUUUGGAUACAAAGCAGUAAAGGAAGCUUUGGUGGAACAGGCUGACAAUUUUAGUGGCAGAGGAGAUUUCCCAGCAGUUUACAGAUUCACUCAAGGGAAUGGGAUAGCAUUUUCCAAUGGGGAGAAGUGGAAGGUCCUCAGGCGUUUUGCUUUGGUCACCCUUCGAAAUUUCGGAAUGGGGAAGAGGAGCGUAGAGGAAAGAAUUCAAGAGGAGGCACAAUUUAUGUUGGAAGAGUUCAGGAACACAAAACAAAAGCCUUUUGAUCCAACCUUCUUCCUAAGUCGAGCCGUCUCCAAUGUCAUCUGCUCCAUUGUCUUUGGUGAUCGAUUUCAGUAUGAAGACAAGAGGUUCCUGUCACUUCUUCAGUUCAUCAAUGACAAUUUUCAAGUCAUCAGCUCUGGCUGGGGAAAGUUGUAUAACAUAUUCCCCGGGAUCAUGAAUCACUUACCAGGACCUCACAAUCGCAUUUUCAAAAAUUUUGAGAACAUUAAAUCCUUUUUGCUAGAGAUUGUGAAGGACCAUGAAAACACAUUACAGCCUGAAUGUCCACGUGACUUCAUAGACUGCUUCCUUAUCAAGAUGCAAAAGGAGAAGGGAAACCCUAUGAGCAGCUUCAACACGGAGACCCUUGUGAUGACAACUCAUAACUUGUUCUUCGGAGGAACAGAAACUGUUAGCACUACUCUAAGAUAUGGCAUCCUUAUUCUGAUGAAAUACCCAGAAAUCACAGAGAAAGUUCAUCAAGAGAUAGACAAAGUGAUUGGAAGAAAUCGAUGCCCAGCAGUGGAGGAUAGGAGCAAAAUGCCAUAUACUGAUGCUGUGAUCCACGAGAUACAACGUUUUACCAGUGUAAUUCCACUCAGUCUACCACAUUGUGUCAUACAGGACACCCAGUUCAGAGGUUAUCACCUGCCCAAGGGCACAAAUGUGAUACCGGUUCUCACUUCUGUCCACAAUGAUCCUGAGAAAUUCAAGGAACCUGAAGUAUUCAACCCAGAUAAUUUCUUGGAUGAGAAUAACCGGUUCAAGAAUAAUGAUGCUUUUAUGCCUUUCUCUACAGGUAAACGCAUCUGUCUGGGGGAAGGUUUAGCCCGCAUGGAGCUUUUCAUCUUUUUCACUACUUUCCUGCAAAAUUUAAAUUUCAAGCCCACAGUGCACCCUGAUGAGAUCGACCUCACCCCAUCAGUCAGCGGCGUUGGCAAUAUACCCGCUACCUACCAGCUCAUUGCUGUGCCUCGCUAGGAUGCCAAGAAGAGUUUGUUUAUGAUUCUUAUCUAAUUAAAAGUAAUUCCGUGCAAACCAGGAGAGGGCAGCAUUGUUAUGUCUAUUAGUAGAUAAUAGACAGUGCGGAAAUCUAUAUUAUACUAAAAUGUAAACACAAUAAACAGAAGAUGUAAUAUACAAUAAAGUUACUAUAUUGGUACUAUGCCCAAUAAAUAAA